AUGGAGAAGUCCAGACGAUACGCGAGCCUGCUCAAAAUGGUCGAGCGAAACGGGUUCGAAAAAUACCGACUGCAGCAAAUCCUGGACAACAUGUAUAAGGCAAAAAUUACCAGCGUAAGUCAAAUGAAAAAUGUCCCUACUAAUAUAAGGAGAGAAAUGAAAAAAAUUUUUAGUGAAAAUUUGCUAAGCAUAAAGCCUUUGAAGGAAUACAAAUUUGAUAGAGCAUAUAAAGUCCUAUUUGAGUGUAAAGAUAAAGAAAAGAUAGAAGCUACCUCUCUAGAUUUUGGCUCCCAUAAAUCGUUGUGCAUAUCCAGUCAAAUAGGUUGCUCCUUUGCGUGUAAGUUUUGUGCCACUGGUCAGAUAGGCAUAAAAAGGCAACUCGAAUUAGACGAAAUAACAGACCAGCUGCUAUACUUUCAAUCCAAAAAUGAGCAUGUAAGGAACGUCUCCUUUAUGGGGAUGGGGGAGCCACUAGCCAAUCCACAUGUUUUUGAAUCCAUUCAUUUUUUCAACCAUGUCAAUUUGUUUGCCUUAUCUAGUAGACGUAUAAAUAUUUCGACAGUGGGACUUCUCCCUGGGAUUAAAAAAUUAAAUGACCUUUUCCCUCAAGUGAAUUUGUCCUUCUCUUUACACUCUCCUUUUUCCGAAGAAAGAGACCAACUUGUGCCUAUCAAUAAGUUAUUUCCUUUCCACGAGGUGCUUGAUUUGUUAGACAGUAGAAUUACCCGCACGGGGAGACGCGUAUGGAUCAGCUACAUCCUCCUUAAGGAUGUGAACGACUCGAAGGACCAUGCAGAGGCGCUUUGCAGUCACAUAUGCCAGCGCCCCCGCGCCGUCAGGUACCUCUACAAUGUGUGUUUAAUUCCCUACAAUAAAGCAAAAAACGUCGACGAGAACUUCCACAGAGUGGACGAGGAAGAUAAAAUCCUUCAAUUCGAGCACGGAAUAUCAUUUUUCUACAGUUCCCUUCUUUUCUUUAUUUAUUUUAUUUGUUUGUUUUGCCCCACUUUUUAG